AUGGCGUUCUGUAUUACCUUCGGAACCUACGACAUCCAAUCGCGACUUGAGGGAUACGAAAAUGUUCGAGCCCAUUGUCAAAACUGCGGAAACUGGGAUGGACAUUGCGAAACGAGAUGGCCGUUUUUCACAAUCUGUUUUAUUCCUGUAAUCCCAUUAUCGACACACAAGUACAGGGAAGUACGAUGUUACCGAUGCGGAUUCACUCAAGACCUAAGCAUACGACCUGAUAUCACGCCCACAACACAACCUCCGCCUGGGAUGUCAUGGGGUCCGGCCUAUGGGCCUCCACAACAACCGCAAUAUGCAUAUCAAGGAGGACAACAACCCCCAGCUGGAUAUCAGAGUGGUCCGCCUGUGGCGUCAGGAGGGAAUCAGGAUGCUGGGCAUGUAUACAAGUAA